AUGGAGGUAGAAAAAGAAAUGAGGUAUGCAGUAGUGACUGGAGGCAACAAGGGGCUUGGGUAUGGAAUAUGCAAGAAGUUGGCAGCAAGAGGGGUGAAGGUGGUUCUCACAGCAAGAAACGAGAAGAGAGGAUUGGAAGCAGUUCAGAAGCUCAAAGAGUUUGGUGUGUCGUCAGACUCUCUGCUGUUUCAUCAGCUUGACGUCACUGAUCCUUCAAGCAUUGCUUCCUUAGCUCAUUUCAUCACCACCGCCUUUGGCAAACUCGACAUCUUGGUGAACAAUGCUGGUGCUGCAGGUGGCAAAAUAACAGAUCCUGAUGCUUUGAUAAAAAAGAGAAAUGGUGCAGAGAUUGAUUGGGAUGAAGUAGGGUUCCAAACUUAUGAGAUGGCUCAACAGUGUGUCCAAACUAAUUUCCAUGGCACACAAAGAACUGUGGAAGCUCUUCUUCCUCUUCUCCAUUUGUCCUCUUCCCCCACCAUUCUCAAUGUUUCCUCUCGAGCCGGCAUGUUAAAGAACAUACAAAAUGAGCGGGCUAGAGGAGUGUUAAGUGACAUAGAAAGCCUGAACAAAGAAAAAAUUAAUGAAGUGGUUGAGGACUUUCUCAAAGACUUCAGAGAAGGGUCACUGAAGAUGAAAAGAUGGCCUACUUUUGCUUCAGCUUAUACAGUUUCAAAAGCUGCUGUAAAUGCCUACACAAGAUUACUAGCUUCCAUGUUCCCUAAUGUUCACAUAAACUGUGUGUGUCCUGGGUUUGUGAAGACUGAUAUGACCAAUAAUAUGGGCACUUUAAGUGUUGAUGAAGCUGCUGAAACUCCUGCAAAUAUAGCCCUUCUGGCAGAUUCUGCACCUUCUGGCCUCUUCUUUACUAAGGAUGGAGAAAUACCAUUCUAA